AUGGGAACCGCUCUGAGAAGCGUUAUAAAGCUCCAGCCCCUUCAACUUCUGCUUCCCUCGUCGUAUAGCCUCGAGGAAUUCUCAAAGUUCGUUUCUUUCCGGCAUUCUCUUUCUAUCUCUAAUUCUUGGAGCCCCGCCAAACCCCGCCUCAGAGCUAAAACCCUUGGGUUUCUGAGUUACGCAUCAAUGGCCACGAGCUCACCGUUGCGUCAUCAAGUGAGGGACAGGAUUGAACUGUCCGAUAUGGAGAAGAAGAUCUUUGAUAGGCUCCUGGCUACCCUUCGCCAGUUCGGUUUGGAGACUCAGCUUCGAGUUGCUGGUGGAUGGGUUCGGGACAAGCUUCUGGGAAAAGAUUGCUAUGAUAUUGACAUCGCUCUCGACAAUAUGAUGGGUACUGAAUUUGUAGAUAAGGUGAGGGAGUACUUGUUGUCAGUGGGUGAGGAUGCGCAAGGAGUCUGUGUUAUUGAGAGUAACCCGGAUCAAUCCAAACACUUGGAGACUGCGAGGAUGCGCCUGUUUGAUAUUUGGAUUGAUUUUGUAAACUUGAGGAGUGAAGAGUAUGCUGAAAAUAGCCGCAUUCCUACCAAGCAAAGAUUUGGCACUGCUGAAGAAGAUGCGUAUAGGAGGGACUUGACCAUAAACAGCUUAUUCUACAAUAUCAACACUGACUCAGUUGAAGAUUUUACUAAAAGAGGUAUCUCUGACCUGAAAUCUGGAAAGAUAGUGACUCCUUUGCCUCCAAAGGAAACCUUUCUGGAUGAUCCAUUAAGAGUUCUUCGAGCCAUUCGUUUUGGUGCUAGAUUUGAUUUUACUCUUGAUGAAGACCUGAAGAGAGCUGCAGCAUGUGAUGAAGUAAAAGAAGCACUGGCUGCUAAAAUUAGCAGAGAGCGAAUUGGAACAGAAAUUGAUCUAAUGGUAUCUGGAAACCAACCUGUCAAAGCAAUAACUUAUAUAUGUGAUCUGACAUUAUUUUGGGUUGUCUUCAGUCUUCCUCCCGGGUUUGAGCCUCCUAUUACUGAUGGAUGUGACAGGCAUUGCAUUAAUUACCUGGAUACCACGUGGAAUCUUAUCCAUUUAGUUGGAGAAUCAAGCUUUACUGAUGAACAAAGGAGAUUAACCCUGUAUGCUGCUUUGUUUCUCCCCCUCAGAAGUACCGCUUACAAAGAUAAGAAAGCUAAGGAGAUUCCCGUUGUCAAUCAUAUCAUCCGGGAGUCUCUCAAGAGAAAAGGUAAAGAUGCAGAAAAGGUGCUUGAAUUACACCAAUCAUCAUAUAAAUUGAUGUCAUUAAUCCCUUGUCUUGCAUCAAAUGGGGAUGUCAAUCUAGAUGUUGAUUGGAUGAGGGAUUUGGCUGAUGUCCCUCUAUCUUCUAGACUCCGUGUACUGACAGGCUUUCUCUUAAGAGAACUUAAAGAGUAUUGGCGAGUUGCACUUUUUAUAUCCACAUUGGUACAUCCCGUUGACAUUGGUGAGGCUGAGGAUGAGCACUCGCAGCUGUGCAAACGAAGAGAUCUAUUCAAGACUCUAGAGAAUUCCAUAAUCAAACUAGGUCUGGAAAAUAUUUGGGACGUAAAACCGCUGAUCAAUGGGAAAGAAGUUAUGAGUGCCUUGCAGCUUAAAGGAGGACCACUUGUGAAGGAAUGGCUUGACAAGGCAAUGGCUUGGCAACUAGCUCAUCCUUCUGGAACUGCAGAGGAAUGCAUUGAUUGGUUGAAGGAAAGCAAUUCUAAGCGUGUGAAAAUGGAAUGAGCUUCAUUGAGUUUCUUGAUCAUUGAUUCUCUUCUGUUUAUGGCUUCAAUGACUGAGACUGAGACAUAACACAAUAGAGGCAGCAAAGCCAAGCUAGUCCCCUGAUAUCGAUACAAAUACAACUGAUACACACAAACACUUCAUCUGGAUGGGGCCUGGAAAUGUACCACAUCGAACUUCUUGUCAAUAGAAAGAUAAGAAGGUUCAUAUGGGAGCUAUAGAAUGUAAUUUGAGGGAAGUAUAAUCAGAUAGAACUCUAGGGUUUUGUUAGCUUUUUAGGCUUAGAUUUUGUUAGCCUUCAUCUUUUUUGUGCAAGAUUCACAAGUUAGUUUCCUUGGUUAUUUCACAGAUGAGGUUUUAUGAUCUCAGGCUUUCCUUUUUAGCUGCUGAAUGGAUGUUCCGCAUUCGUAGCUUGACAAUAAUCAAAAGAAAUUAUCGUUUAGUUAUUUUAGUUUAUCUUCA